CGUUUCAUCAAAAUAGUCUCUUUUUACUUUUAAUCAUUAUCCCAAAAUUUAUUUUCCGCAAUGUAUAUUUUCCCGAUAUCGAAACACGACAAGAUAUGUACUCAUGCCGUCCAUCCAGUUUCAUGCAGAUAACACUUCACCCCUUUUUUCCAAUUUCAAACACACACAUCCGGCCUCCCUAUUUUCUCUGUUUAAUUCCACGAUUUCGAGUUCAAUGGCACCGAAGAGAAAGAGACAGACGGGUUUAACCCGAAUGGAUGCGGCUCUCGAUCAAGUGAGCUGUUUUGGGUUCUCAAGGCAACUCAUUAGGCGAACUGUUAAAAAUCUUCUCAAGGUGUAUGGUGACGAUGGGUGGAAAUUAAUUGAAGAAGACGGCUAUAAAGUCGUUAUUGAUUUCAUUCUCGAUGAACAAGAGUCUGAACAAAAACAGAACUUAUUAACUAAUGAGGCAUCAUCACAAGAAGAGAAACCUGAAACUGAAUUACUCAUGGCCAAGGUGAAGGAAGUAUCUGCAAAAGACGAAUCUUUCGAGGGAAAUAACAAUCCAGCGUUGACCAUUCACACAGAGAAGAAUAAUGAAUGCCUUGAGGAUACCUCAAUGGAAAUGGACAAAACUGCCCACUCAAGCACACUCCAUGAUGAUCAUCACUCUCCACAUGAAUUUAACAUCCAAUGUUCCGAAAAUGCCCCUGAUUCAGGACCUUCAUCUGAAACAACUAAUGCCCCUGUAAAUCUCCCUGUUCGUAGGCCUACAUUCCAUAUGCAUAAUAUCCUUUUGAAGAUUGGUGUAAAGAAGGGUUAGAGUUGGUGUUUAAAGAUUGUGACUUCGGUAAAAGCACAAGUUUUUGGGCUUUGUUAGCUUUUAAAUCUUUAACUAUUUGUAUAUAUAGUGAUUAUAUAUAAAUAUUAACUACUAUGGGGAUUGUAUGACACAAGAAAGAAAAUGAAUUGUGUAAUUAUAUUAAGGUUUAUGUAUGCAAGUUGUUUUGAUAUAUUAUGAAGCUAUCAUGC